AUGGUUGGAGUUUACAAUGAUGUUUUGGAGCUAAUAGGGAAUACUCCCAUGAUUAGGCUAAACAAAAUAACUAAAAACUAUUUAGGUGAAUUUUAUGCCAAAGUAGAGUCUUUCAAUCCAGGUCAUUCAACAAAGGAUAGAAUUGCUCUCUAUAUUAUAGAAAAAGCAGAAAAAGAUGGACUAAUUAAACCUGGGGGAACCAUUGUUGAAACCACAUCUGGAAAUACUGGAUUCAGUGUUGCUAUGGUAAGCAUCAUAAAAGGUUAUAAAUGUAUUCUUGCUGUUUCAGAUAAAACAAAACUAGAAAAGAUUUCUUUCCUAAAAGCUCUUGGUGCAAAAAUUCAUGUAUGUCCUUCAGAUGUUGCUUCCGAUGACCCAAGGUCUUAUUAUGAAACCGCAAAAAAGAUUGCAAAUGAGACACCAGGCUCUUUAUAUAUCAACCAAUAUUUUAACGAAUUAAAUAUUGAAGCCCAUUAUAAUACCACUGGUGCAGAAAUAUGGGAACAAACUCAAGGUAAAAUAACACACCUUAUAGCUUGUGUGGGAACAGGAGGAACAAUUUCUGGUAGUGCUAAGUUUUUAAAAGAGAAAAAUCCAAAUAUUAAAAUAAUUGGCGUUGAUGCAGAAGGUUCUGUAAAUGAUGAACAAAGUGCUUAUACCACUAAAGAAAUUGCGUUAAAAGAAGGUCUAAUGGUAGGAUACACCAGUGGUGCCGCUAUGCAGGCAUUGAAACAAAUUUCAACAGAGUUUACAAAAGAUAGUUUUGUUGUGAUAAUAUUCCCAGAUCAUGGUUCUAGAUACAUGAGUAAAGUAUUUAGUGAUGAUUGGAUGAACGAACAA